AUGUUUCCCUAUGUUUGCCUGGCCACUUUACCUUUAUUCUGUAAAGAAGAUUGGCCAAGGAAAGUGUUCUCGAAGCAAUUUUGUGAUAAAAUAAACAAAGGAGAGCCAAAAUUUAAAGCACCUGUCAAAAAAGUAACAUUGAAGCAAAAGUUCGUAGUACUUCUAUUACUAAGCCACAUGGGAAUUCAAUUAUUUUUGCCUUAUUCGCAUUUCAUAACAAAAGGAUUCAAUAACUGGACUAAUGGUAUUUACGGUUAUUCCUGGGACAUGAUGGUUCAUUCAUGGGAAACCCUAGUAGUAGUCAAAAUAGUAGACAACAACUCUGGGGAGCAACAUUUCAUCAACAAUGAUUUAUGGACUAAUAACGAACGAUGGUCUAAACACGCCGACAUGUGCCUACAAUACGCACACUGCAUCGAAAAUAAUUUAAAAGGUUAUUUUGAUAAUAUAUCAGUCUACAUUGAUAUUUGGAGUUCGUUGAACAAACGUUUCCAGCAACGAAUGUACGAUCCUAAUUACGAUUUACUUAGAGCUCGCUGGUCUGUUUUCCAGCCAGUUGAAUGGCUUCUACCAGUUUUAACCAAAUACAACGGUUUUAGAAAAAAACUUCUGGAAAUUGGCCGAUAUGUCCGUUCGUGGAAUAAUCAGAGCAUGUUUCUGGAUAAUUACAUUGAUGAAGAUUUGAGUAAUGUUAGUUUAACAGUCCUCGAAGGUGCCGUUGUUUAUGAAAUGGAAAAUUACCUUACUAUGCAAUCCGUGGGCGUUAAAUUGUUACAAGGAGACUCAAUUGAUGUUCCAGAAAAUCACCAGCAUAGGGUUCAUACUGUGAGCCCCACUCCGUCAUGUUACAUGUAUACUUUUUCAAAAUCACCUGACUUAAAUGAGGAAAAUGUAAAAAUGUAUUCGGCUCUUCCCAUUUUUGAAGAUUUUUUUGUUAGAUUGGAAGCUAUGGUAACGAUGUUUGGGUUAAUUAAAAAUGCUACUUUCAGUUUAUUGUUUGGGAAUACGAUUUAUGUUAGACCAAGAAUACAAUAG